AUGUCUAAAUACAAGUACCUCGCUCACGUCCGGGAUACAGCCACAGACAGGAUAGCAGUCGCUUGCAACAUAGAGGAAAACGAUAACGACCAGACAUUCCUCAGUGUCAUCAUUUCUCCCCGCACGUCUUCUAUUGGAGCCGGUGUUCCCAUCACGAUUAUUGUCAACCUCAUGUCUCUGACAAUGAACCCCAGGCUCACCCUGCCGCUUCCUCCGUCCCAGCGGGUGGCGGUACUAAGCCUGCACAGCUGGACCUACAACUUUCUACCGUCUAGAAACUUGACUGGCUUAUUCGAUGUCUUGGUAAAUCUGGGCAGCAAGCUCACGGUACUGCAGCCAGGUGCAUUGCCGGAGGAAAAGACGCCAACACCCCGAGAACAGGAGUCGGACCCUGAGGACGAGAGAAUCCAAACCCCGAAUGCACGCCGGGAGACAGACGGCUAUACCAUCAUCCGGCGUCGUACAGUGACGGCUUCUAUCGCCCGAGGACCCUUCACCCCGACUCUCGUGCCCCAUCAACUCCGUGAGGGCUUGGCCCAGAGCAACUUCAGCACCGAUCUCCAAACCCUGGAUCCUCGCAAAAUCCUGGCAAUGGGCGAAACUACUUUCUCCGCUGCCCUCGCUCGUCUUCACAACUCCAUCCACGGCCAAGCUCUUACAGCGGCAAAAAGGGGAGUCUACUCUGGACUAGGCGGGUUCCAGUCGCGAGCUGAGGCGGCAGCAGGGAUAUUGAAUCUCAUCCAGGGCUUCAGCCGAUCCAGCGAAUCGCAUCACAUUCUCAGCACACCGUCAAAGCGCUCUGCCUUCCCGCCGCCUCUUCCGUGUAAGAGUAAGCCUGUGCAAGUUCCUCGGUGCGUUGCUCUCUCCCGCUCAAGGCCUCCUUGUCCGCGGCUCCAAGCCCAGCUAGUUACCCAGCAUGCCGAAAGCCUCCAGAAGAUAAGAGCAAGUGAACGUGCUCGCAAACCGGCACCGCCGAAACAAAUCAUCAUCGCUGACGAGCGCUAUUUCGAGUUCAACAUCUACCCAUAUCGCCAGCAUGAGUUCGUCCCCAGCAACACCAAGCUCCCUGUCGACCUGAUCUUCAGCCUGCGCCAGCCCGAUCCGAAGUAUUUCAACACCCCGCUCAUCAAUCUCGUCAUCGUCAUUUCCUUCGGAGCCAUCCAGAAAAAGAAACCCUUGGCAAAGUCGACAGAGCACAUGAUCCCGGACAAAACCAACAAAACCAAAACAGAUGACCCUCCACCACCGUUCACCCCCCUCCUGGGCCCCAAUCCUGACCCGCCCAUGCCCACUAUGCUCUCCAAUAUGCGCUUCAAUAUCAUUAAGCACUUUGGCAUAAAGAAGGAGGGCUUCGAGAACCACCUCAUUCUGGAGGUGAUCCCUCGGGCGGCCGCCGGCGUAGACGUGUCACUGGUGCGUGACGCCAGCUUCCUGAUGGGUGGCGUGGAGAUCGCGUGUAUCACAAGUCUUAUGAGAAGGCGCCAUUGA